UUGAGAUCGAAAAGUCAGCCUUCUCACAAAUUGAAAACCCUCGGCCCUCUUUCUCCAAAAUAUCCAUCGGCUUCACACGUCUCUUCUCCUCUAACCCGCCGGCGUUACAAGUCGCGACCAAUUAGCAAUUUCCGGCGAGAAGAUGAGCGGCGACCCUAUUCCUCUGUUCGCGAUGGAACGGUCCUUUCGCUGGCGUCAACCGCUGUCGAUCCCUCGCGAGCCCUUUCACCGGCGUCCUCGAGCACCUCCAUCGCCGAGCCGCCGUCGCACGCCGAUAAUAGAAACUCGUCGCCGCUGACCGACGGUAUCCCAGCACCGUCAAGUCCUUCGCCGAUGUUCUCCAGCCUCCGGCGAUUUCGGGCAUCGACUAUCAAUUGGCCGCGUCUGCUCGCGAGCCCCGACCACCGUCAGCCGAUUUCGAGCUCUCGACGACCGAGACCUCAGACCGCUGAGAGAGUAGUACCGACGAACAGAAAAGGUGAGACCCGACCUUUGGUGGCAGAGGAAGACCCCACAAUCGAGUUCUAUUCAGCCCCGUCCUCCGGCAACGGCUAA